CUACCUGGCGCUUCUCUUCACAUUCACUUUCCCACAAGAGAGAGAAGGAGAAGCUUCUCUCAUUCUCUCUCUGUACACCAUACGUCAGGACUCCCAAGUUUGAACCAUCAUAUCCGGUCUCUACCCUUUGGGGACACUGGGAAUCAUAUGGCCAAUUGGGAGCUGAAGAAGUGUUGCAAUCAUGAACAGGUGGUGUUUCUCACCACAAUCUCCAUAUGCACUGUGGUCAUCCUCGCGCUAUGGAGAACAAUAUUGCUGACACCGUUCAAGCUUGUCACUGUAUUUCUUCAUGAAGCCAGUCAUGCCAUCGCUUGCAAACUAACAUGUGGCCAUGUGGAGGGGAUCCAGGUUCAUGCAGAUGAAGGUGGAACCACACAAACGCGUGGUGGCAUAUAUUGGUUAAUCUUGCCUGCUGGAUACCUCGGAUCAUCAUUUUGGGGAAUGGUCUUGAUAAUUGCAUCCACAAAUGUUCUCACUGCAAAAAUUGCUGCUGGAUGUUUUGCUUUUGCUCUACUUGUUGUACUUUUUGUAGCUAAAAAUUGGACACUCCGGGGACUUUGCAUUGGGUUCAUUAUACUCAUUGCUGUAGUUUGGCUUCUGCAAGAGACAACUGAAGUCCGCAUACUGCGGUACAUCAUUCUGUUCAUCGGUGUAAUGAACAGCUUAUUUUCAGUUUAUGAUAUCUACGAUGAUCUGAUAUCCCGAAGAGUUAACUCUAGUGAUGCUGAGAAGUUUGCGGAAGUUUGUCCUUGCCCUUGUAAUGGCGUAGGUUGGGGUGUUAUCUGGGGGCUCAUCUCUUUCUUGUUUCUUUGUGGAGCCAUGUACCUUGGUCUUGUGAUCUUGUCUUGAGGAGGUUGACAAAUUAGGUUGUGAAUCAUGGCGAGACCAAGGACUUCUUCAUGCUCCAUGCUGCUAUUUAUGGAUGUUGCAUGAUAAUAUUGGAGGUGUCUCUACCAUGCUGAAUUCCAGAGCUUCGAGAUCGUCUCAACAGUGUUAUGAUUGGCAUUGUAGAGUGAAAAAACACAAAAUAGAUUGCAUUGUAUUGAAUUGGGCCAUGAUGAAACACAUGUAUGUUCUGAAUUUUGUUUUUUUUUUAAACGGCUUUUUUAUUAGCAGGAAGAAA